AUGCCGUGCCAACAGUCAAAUGAAUUUUGUCACGAAAUCAUUUUUGCUAUCAAAACAAGGAGGACGUAUGGCACUAUCCUGAUGACAGUUGAAGGUAUUGAACCUCAAAUGGCCUGCCAAGUCGAAACUGCCUUGAGUUCUCAAAGUCAAUUGAAGGGAGAGUACAAGUUCUUCUAUGAUGAACUGAGCAAAGUAAUUCGCCUUGAUUUACCAUUACCAGACGAGUUGUCCCACGGAGGUAGGCUUCCACCCUACAGGCGGUUUGAUAUCUCUAAUUGGCCUUGGAUUCAAGAAGAAUUUGUCGAACGUCCAACUGAGCCUUGA